GACUGCAAGGAGCGGCUUCGAGACAGCCACUGUCUGCUACCGACUUCCAUUUUUGCUCCUCUAAAUUUCUGCUCCACCUUCAUAUGUCCGUUCUUCCGAGUAGUUACUGGAUGAUUCAACGGGUUUUCGGUUUGAUUAUUCUUUUUCCAGUACUGAGGCUUGACAGCUAUUAAUAAUCAUCCAGGGUGCAGUCAUGCAUGGGAUAUUAUGCAUUUUUGGUAUCAAAAUGUGCAAUAGGCCUAUCGACAUUGCAUGCCUUCUCGAUUUCAUAACUUUCCAAGGGGCAUUUCCUUUAAUCAGAUUGAAAAAUGCAUGCCAAUGAAAUGGAGACAAAGCAUCAAAAAACCAUUAGAUGUUCAUGAGAAAACCAAGAAUCAGUCUUUCUCAGCGCAUAAAGCUUUUAUAGAACUUCAUGAGAAUAUUGAUGACUGUAUGGUGGAUAAACUUGUUAUAGUCUUGAAGGAUUUUGCUAGCCGUGGUCUCUUAUCCAAGGCCUUUGGGACCUUUUCACUUGUUCAAGUUCAUGCCUUAGCAUCAACUUCUAUUGAUUCUGUUGUGGAGUCGAUAUGCUCUUUGUUGUCUUCUUGCACCAAUUUCAAGUUCUUUCUAGAAGGCAAACAGCUUCAUGCACAAGUUAUAACUCAGGGUAUUCAGGAUAACCAUGCAUUGGUCUCAAAACUAGUAACUUAUUAUACAACCACUGGUUUUCUUUCUGAUGCCCAUCUUAUAGUAGCCAAUGCACCCAUCCGGUAUCCUCUGCCCUGGAAUAUCCUUAUCUCGUCAUAUGUGGGUAAAGACUAUAAUCAAGAAGCUAUCCUUUCCUUUAAGAAAAUGGUUUACAAGGGAGUAAGACCUGAUAAUUUCACUUACCCAUCUAUUGUCAAGGCUUGUGCUGAGCUGUCAAAUCUUGAUUUGGGAAGACAGAUACACAAGUCUAUUAUUUGUGGCUCUGAAAACUGGAACUUAUUUGUGCAGAAUGCGUUGAUUUCCAUGUAUGGAAAGUGUGGUGACUUGGAAACUGCGCGGAUUAUCUUUGACAGAAUGCCAAUUAAGGACCAAGUAUCGUGGAACUCUAUAAUCUCAGGAUAUGUAUUGAGUGGUAAGUGGCAUGAUGCUUUUGAGCUUUUUGAAAGCAUGAGAUUGGCUGGUGUGGAAUUAAAUGCUAUAAUUUGGAAUACUAUCGCUGGCGGUUGCUUGAGGACAGGCAAUAUCAGAAGGGCACUUCAACUAAUCUGCCAGAUGCGAAGGAGUUGCAAUUAUCUAGAUCAUGUGGCAGUGAUAAUCGGCUUAGGCGCAUGCUCCCAUAUUUGCGCAUUAAAACUAGGGAAAGAAAUCCAUGCACUGGCAAUUCGAAAUUCUACUAGUGAUUAUGUUAAUGUUAGAAAUUCACUAAUAACUUUGUAUUCUAGGUGUGGUGAUCUUAGGCAUGCUUAUAUAGUGUUGAGAUCCACGGAAGCUAAAACAAUUAUUACCUGGAACUCUAUAAUAUCAGGAUUUGCACAAUGGGAUCUGUCUGAGGAAGUGUCACAUUUGUUCAGAGAACUGCUGCUUUCUGGUAUCAGACCAAAUUAUGUGACCCUUGCAGGCAUUCUACCUCUUUGUGCCCGUGUUGCCAACCUACAACAUGGGAGAGAGUUCCACUGCUAUAUUCUCAGACAUCAGGAAUUUCAGGGGCACCUCCUUCUUUGGAAUGCUCUUAUUGCUAUGUAUGCCAGAUCAGGUAGAGUGUUACUUGCCAGAAGGCUUUUUGAUAUGCUGGAUCAGAAAGAUGUUGUGACAUACACUUCAAUAAUUGCUGGAUAUGGUGCACGAGGAGAUGGUAACGCUGCUGUUCAACUAUUCAAUGAAAUGAUAAGCUCCCAAAUUACACCUGAUCAAGUAGCAAUGAUUGCUGUAUUGUCAGCUUGUAGUCAUUCAGGUCUUGUAGCUCAAGGCCAGUUACUAUUUGAAAAGAUGCAAAGCUUUUACGGCAUAACUCCUAACUUGGAGCAUUUUGCUUGCAUGGCCGAUCUCUAUGGGAGGGCUGGUUUACUGAAGAAAGCUAAAGAUAUUAUCACAAGGAUGCCAUUUGAGCCAACCUCUGAAAUGUGGGCAACACUUAUUGGGGCAUGUAGAAUCCAUGGAAAUACGGAUAUUGGGGAGUGGGCAGCAGAGAAACUGCUAGAAAUGAAGCCACAAAAUUCAGGGUACUAUGUCUUGAUUGCAAACAUGUAUGCUGCUGCUGGUUGCUGGAGCAAACUAGCGGAGGUACGAACUAUUAUGAGAGACUUGGGUGUGAGGAAAGAUCCUGGAUGUGCUUGGGUUGGUGUUGGUGCUGGAUUUUCUCCCUUUGUGGUUGAUGACACUUCCAACAAUCAAGCAGAUGAGAUAUAUCCUUUGUUGAGGGGACUCACUAGACAAAUGAAAGACGUUGAUCAUUCUGUCUCUGAAAGUUCCGAAACAGAGGAAGAAAUUUUAUUCUUAUGUGCGGAGCAGUGAGCUAUGAAUACUUUUUGGAUGUUACUUGAUCAACUAUGCUGCUUCCAUGUGUGUCCUUUGAACAGACGAGGCAGAUGAAUCGCGAGGCUACUGUCAACUUCUCAUUAAACUGAUGUUUCGGAAUGCCAUGGAUUCCAUAGGUCUUGAUUUAUGCAGUCUAGCUGUAACCUGUUAUCAAGACAAGCAGUAAUCUCUAUCGUGCGACCCACACACACAUUUGAGCAGGCAUGUACAGCUUAGGCUUCAAUCUAUUAUGAAAAUUUGCAGUGACCUGGUAUAUCUACCAACCUGCAAGAAUCAGGAUUCUCAACCCUCAGAUUGCCAUUUUGCUUCCUCAUAGUCAUCCGGAUCACUCAGUUCCAGAAGUUUUACAGAGGACAACCAGUGCCAGUAGAACAUCUAUAAAAUGGUUGGUUUCUUGUGCUUGUGCAAUUUAUUUCCAAGUUUUAAACUUGGUGACAACUCACUGCUUUUAUACGCAUUGUUGCAAUUUUUUCACAUCUAACAUUUAUUGAUCUUUUCCUUGUAGAUGUUCAAUAGAAUGUUGUAAAUAAAUUAUUUCCUCAAUU